UCGGCUUUGCCGUUUACAGAAAUUCUGUUAAAUACAAUUCGUUAUUUAUUUGGUUUGCCUUGGAGGAGUAAUAUGUAUUAGUCUAUAAACAGUUUUAAUAAAAACAAAAUUCCAAACUGAACGUUUAAGUGAGCGACUUCAAACAUUGGCAAGAAAUUUCUAGAAUUGGCAAUAUAUCUACAUACAUAAAUAGAUUAUAAUAAACAUAUAUACGUAAAGUAAAAAGAAAACCGCGUCGUGAAAUUAAACAACCAUCGAUUGUAAUCUGUCUAAGAGUUAUUUGUGCAAGUAAUAAAGGCAAUUAUUAGUAGUUAAUCAGCAAUUGCUAUCGUUGCUAGACAACCGCGCACUAUCACUAUUUAACAAACAACCAAAUUACUAUUUGAUAUAUACAUACAUAAAACUGGACACCAUGUCUACGGUGGGUACUUUAAAGGAAUGUGUACAACUGCCCAUUAAAGAUAAUGAGUUAGUCGAUAUAGUGCAAAAAGCCAAAGAUUGGGCUAUAAUGCAUGGCGCUGCCAUGCGUUCCAAAUCAAAUUUCAGUCCAGAUACAUUAAAUUUUGCACCAUUCGUUUUGGUUCCUUCAUCAUUUCCUCGAAAAGAAUUCGAGAGAGCGAUCCAUUUACAACCAACAAUAAACCGCCUUAUGCAUAAUGUAGCACAUGAUGAAGAAUUCCUCACUACCACACUAGCGGACACCAUAAAAGUCGAUGAGUUUACGGGUAAUCUAUUUAAUGUAUACAAAAAGGUUCUCGCAAAUGGCUUCGGACAGCGCAUUUCUCUGGGACUAUUGCGAAGUGAUUUGAUGUUGGAUUCGAAUUGUAGAAAUUUAAAUGGCGAAUAUGAAGAAAGUGAAACAGAAACCCCCAGUGCCUACUGUUGCUGGAAACAAGUUGAAGUUAACACAAUAGCCUCUGGCUUUGGCCAUUUAGGACCAGUUAGCAGAGCUAUACAAAGGUGCAGAUUAUUAUUUUAUAACGAAAAGUUUUAUUAGAGCUUAGCGAAACGCUUCGAGUUAUUUCCAAUUUUUGUUUCCUACUGUUGGUUUGAUUUUUUUUUUGCAAUAAUAUAAAUAUUUAUAUUUUGUUUAUACAUGAGUUAAGCAGUUUAUUGACUUGUCUAUACACAUAAGAUUUACUGAAGAGCUUUGCUGAGCUCGUUAAAAUGUUACAAUCUACGAGUAAAAACACACACACCGGUCA